UUUUUAAAAAAAUUCAUUUUUAAAGAAUCCAUGGAACACUAAAUGCGCCAUCAUACUCAGGAAGAUAAUAUUUUUGCUCCCAGAUACAAAAAUAGAGAUAAGUUUUUCCACAGAUUAGGAUAUAAUAUUCAAAUCCUACUACGUAACCCAUAUAACUUGCAGCAGCAAAUAUAUAUAUGUAUAUGUAUUUUUUUUUUUUUCUGUAUAAACCACAGGAGCUGCCUUGGACACUUUUUUCCAGGCCAGCUUGUCAUUGACUGGCACCCGUUUCGUCGCCACCCCCCCGCCUGCCCACAACAUCUUUUCUCUCUCAAAUCUCUUACAGAGCUCUGCAUUUUCACUCAUUUCGGCCAUUUUCGGUUCUUUGGGUUGUGCCAAUCUCAUUGAUUUGUGUCUUUAAUGAAACGGUUCACCUUGAAUGCUAUUCUUAGCUGACAACUUGGUGUUUGAUUCUCGUACUUGAGAGGAUUAAAGAAGCUAUAAAGGUGUAAUUUUUUGAUACUAAACAAUGGAAGAGAGCUUCGUGCCGUUUCGUGGAAUAAAAAAUGAUCUUCAAGGGAGGUUGAUGUGUUACAAGCAAGAUUGGACUAGUGGUCUGAGGGCUGGAUUCAGGAUUUUGGCUCCUACCACAUAUAUAUUUUUUGCAUCAGCGAUUCCGGUUAUUUCAUUUGGAGAGCAAUUGGAAAGAGAUACGGAUGGAGUUCUCACUGCUGUUCAAACAUUAGCAUCUACUGCGUUAUGUGGGAUUAUUCACUCUAUUAUAGGCGGACAGCCUCUAUUGAUUCUUGGCGUUGCAGAACCAACAGUAAUUAUGUACACAUUCAUGUUCAACUUUGCGAAAAAUAGACCAGAUUUGGGAUCAAAGCUCUUUCUGGCAUGGGCUGGAUGGGUUAAUGUGUGGACUGCACUCUUGUUGUUCUUAUUUGCUAUCUUAGGAGCUUGCUCCAUUAUCAAUAGAUUUACUCGCCUUGCUGGGGAAUUGUUUGGACUUCUUAUUGCAAUGCUUUUCAUGCAGCAAGCUAUCAAAGGACUUGUUGAUGAGUUUCGCAUUCCUGAAAGAGAGAAUCCAAGGCUGAUUGAGUUUCAACCUUCCUGGAGAUUUGCAAACGGAAUGUUUGCUUUAGUUUUGUCUUUCGGCCUUCUGCUUACUGCAUUAAGAAGCCGAAAAGCAAGAUCAUGGCGGUAUGGAUCUGGAUGGCUGCGAGGUUUGGUGGCAGAUUAUGGUGUGCCAUUGAUGGUUCUAGUCUGGACUGGAACUUCAUAUCUACCAGCUGGAAGUAUUCCAAAAGGAAUCCCUAGACGCCUCUUUAGUCCCAAUCCAUGGUCACCAGGUGCAUAUGAGAACUGGACUGUUAUGAAGGAUAUGCUGGAUGUGCCUGUCUUUUACAUAAUUGGAGCUUUUGUUCCAGCAACAAUGAUCGCUGUUCUCUACUAUUUUGACCAUAGUGUAGCAUCUCAACUUGCUCAGCAGAAAGAAUUCAAUUUAAGAAAACCACCUUCAUUUCAUUAUGAUUUACUUCUUCUGGGUUUCCUGACCAUUUUUUGUGGUCUCAUUGGAAUCCCUCCAUCCAAUGGUGUCAUUCCACAAUCUCCAAUGCAUACAAAGAGUUUAGCCACACUGAAGCACCAGUUACUUCGUAAUCGGCUAGUGGCAACAGCACGCAAAUGUAUGGGAAUGAAUGCAAGCUUGGGACAAGUCUAUGGGAGCAUGCAGGAGGCAUACCAACAAAUGCAGACUCCGCUUAUUUACCAGGAACCUUCUGCUCAGGGGCUAAAGGACUUGAAGGAGUCGACCAUUCAAAUGGCUUCAAGCAUGGGUAACAUUAAUGCACCGAUUGAUGAGACAGUAUUUGAUGUAGAGAAGGAGAUUGAUGAUUUAUUACCUGUUGAGGUAAAAGAGCAGCGUCUUAGUAACUUGCUUCAAGCUGUGAUGGUCGGAGGAUGUGUUGCAGCUAUGCCUUUGAUUAAAAAGAUUCCGACUUCUGUACUCUGGGGCUAUUUUGCCUUUAUGGCAAUUGAAAGCCUACCGGGCAACCAGUUCUGGGAACGAAUCUUACUGCUAUUCACUGCUCCAAGCCGAAGAUACAAAGUAUUGGAAGAAUACCAUGCAACUUUUGUCGAAACUGUGCCUUUCAAGACAAUUGCAGUCUUUACAGUCUUCCAGGCUGCUUACUUGCUCGUUUGUUUUGGGAUAACAUGGAUUCCAAUUGCUGGGGUUCUUUUCCCUUUGAUGAUCAUGCUUUUAGUUCCUGUGAGACAAUAUAUUUUGCCUAAGUUCUUCAAAGGGGCACACCUUCAAGAUCUUGAUGCAGCAGAGUACGAAGAAGCACCAGCUUUGUCGUUCAACCGAGGAACUGAGGUGCAGAUAAGUCGAUCGACUUCAUUUGCGGACGAUGGAGAAGCUUUAGAUGGAAUGAUUACUCGAAGCCGGGGUGAGAUUAGACGCAUGUGUAGUCUCAAGCUCACAAGCUCUACUGCAACCCCAGCCAAAGAAUUCAAAAGCCUUCAGAGUCCAGAUAAGGUGUUCAGCCCACGAGUCAGUGAAUUAAGGGGGAAUCAGAAUCCCUGGUCUAGUGGAAGAGGGCCAUUCAGUCCAAAAAAUGGAGAAGCAAGAAUGUCUAAUCUGGGAAAAAGUGGCUAGAACUCUUAGACAUGUCAAGUGUCAACUGUGAAUUUCUCGGCCGGUUACAGUAUAGUUGAAGAAGAUGAAGAAGACGAAGAAAAUAUAGGUAAACUAGUCUUUAGAUGGAAGAAAUUUGCUGUGAAAUCUGGAAUAACAUCUUAGUUGUUUGCUUUAUUAUUAUUAUUUUUUAAUUCUUGAUGUUUGCUUCUUUUGUUGUGAAAUAUCAUAUCUUCAUAUUUCCACCA